UUUUUAGAGCUGAUGAAGGUGCCACGAGUAGAGUCAAAGUUAAGAGUAUUCUCUUUCAAGAUUCAAUUUCUGUCUCAGGUUACAGAAUUUAAGAAGAGUUUAAACGCUGUGAACUCUGCUUGUGAAGAGGUCCGAAAGUCUGUCAAGCUGAAGGAGAUCAUGAAGAAAAUUCUUUUUUUGGGUAAUACAUUAAAUCAAGGAACAACUAGGGGAUCCGCAAUUGGAUUCAAGUUGGAUAGUCUUUUAAAACUUACUGACACUCAUGCUUCUAACAAUAAGAUGACAUUGAUGCACUAUCUUUGCAAGGUUCAAGCUGAUAGGUCACCUGGACUGCUUGACUUCCACUUAGACCUUGUAAGCCUGGAAGCUGCAACUAAGCCUGUGUCAGGUGCUGAAUCUAUUCCAGGAAGGCAAAGUCAGUGGAAAGGAUAAUACAAAGACUAAUGAGACUAAGGAUGAUGCAGGAAAAGAUGGUACUGGUGCAAAGAAUGAUACAAGGAGCGAUGCCCAAGCAGCUGAAAAAAGCGAGAGAGAGAAAUCUAACCCAGUCACAAAGAAGGAUGGAGAGAAUAGCACUCCUGCAAAAUCAGCUGUAUGAUCAAUAUCUUAAUAGCUAGCUACUCGGGAAGUUGUUGUUUUAUCUCAAUGAAUUGACAAUGAGCUCGAGAAGCGAUUCCUCCUCCGGACAAUGAGUUCGAGAAGCGAAUAAGACCAGAGGUGAUACCUGCAAGUGAGAUAGGGGUUAUAUUUUUGUAGAGUAUUAGUAGUAAAUUCUAAGUGAUAUCAUAGUUAUUUUGAUAUGGCUAUGCUUAUUUUAAUAUGAGAUGUAUGAAUAUUUAAAAUUAAUAUCAUUUUAGUACUUUUGGAUCA